AUGAAGAUGCCACCAGGCCAUAGGAAACACGGGACCGUAUUGAAGCUUAACAAAGCCCUUUACGGAUUGAGGAAAUCACCAUUGCUGUGGCAUCGAGAGCUCACCAACACGCUCAAGAAGCUCGGCUUCAAGCCAGUGCCACACGAGCCCUGCUGCCUCACCCUCAACGGAAUCAUCGUUUUCUUCUACGUUGACGACAUCGUCUUCGCAUAUCAGCGAAAGAACGAGUCGAGGGCGCAAGCCCUGGAAGCACAAAUGCGUGAGAAAUACCAGCUGACAGGUGGUAACAGCCUUCAGUGGUUUCUUGGCAUCGAGAUUCUUCGAGACCGCGAGAAAGGCUUCAUUUGGCUAUCACAAGCCUCAUACAUCGACAAGAUCUCGCGCCUCGCGAAGAAACACAGGAGCUUUGACACCCCGAUGGGGGUCAACGAACUUUUCCCAUUCAACGGCAUUGCUUCAUUUGCUGACAUCAAUUCGUACCAAGUGAAAAUAGGCUCCGUGCUAUACGCUGCGGUUAUCACGCGCCCAGACAUCGCGUUUGUAACUUCAAAGCUAUCAAAGUUCAACCCCAACCCGGGACCCAAACAUCACGAAGCGGCCGACCGCGUGAUCUGCUAUCUGCAGCAGACAAAGGACUGGCGCUCCGCCUGGGGUGGGGACGAUUUCGAAGUGGCAAGCGAUGCCUCUUUCGCCGACAACUCAUCAGACCGCAAGAGCUCUCAAGCUUUCGCAAUGAAGCUAUUUGGAGGCCUCAUCGCGGCAAAGGAAUCGAUAUACGUGAGCCGCCUGAUCCGAGAACUUGACGUAAAACUCGACCACUCUCGAAUCAGCAUCCAAUGCGACAACACGCAAACAAUACGCAUCGUAACCGCGGAGGUGGCAACGCUACGAACCAAGCUGCGGCACGUCGACAUUCACAACCACUGGCUUCGCCAAGAAAUCACGAACGGAACCCUCGAAGUCAAAUACACACCAAGCGCCGAGAUGAUGGCCGACGGUCUCACCAAGGCCCUCCAAGGACCCAAGUUCCAAGCCUUUGUCAACCAAAUCGGCCUCCACGAUAUCUCCGACCGCCUUGCGUCACGAGAGCUCCCCGAAUCGACCGACUCAAUACUUCAAGAACAAUCUUACAAGAUGUGGGAGGACCAAGUUGUGUAA